AACGUCAUUUAGCAGCGACAAUUUCUAAGAUACGUAGCUAGUGUGUGUUUUGGAAGUAGCUCGCUAGGUUUAUUAUUAAAUGAACAUUAUCGAUCCGAGUUUUUAAAUGUGUAUUGCCAAAAUUGCGAUGCAGUUAAAUAUUUAGUAAUGGCACAUAUAAGCGUGGUUCCUGAGCUGAAUAUUAUCAGCCCUUCCCCCGAGUGAAUCCUUCUGAGUGACCAAACAAUGGGUCAGCAACUCUCCAGUCAAACGCAAACCGUCAUUAACCGUCUGCCUGAGAAAGUAGUGAAGCACGCAGGGCUGGUGCGCGAGAGCGGCUACCUCACCUACGAAGAGUUCCUGGGGAGGGUUGCAGAACUCAACGAUGUAACUGCAAAACUAGCUUCCGGGCAGCAGAAGCAUCUGCUUUUUGAAGUCCAACCUGGAUCCGAUGCAUCCGCUCUUUGGAAAGUUGCUGUGAGAAUAGUUUGUACUAAGAUAAACAAAGAGGAUGGCAUGGUGGAAGCCUCCCGCAUCAUGAACCUGUACCAGUUCAUUCAGCUGUACAAGGACAUCACCACUCAGGCGGCCGAGGUGUUGUCAGCGGAGGUAGCCACUGAGGGGCCUUCAGGACAGCUGUCCUCUGCGGGCUCCUGCCAGGCCAGCAUGUGGAUGGGCAGGGUUAAGCAGUUGACAGACGAGGAGGAGUGCUGUAUCUGUAUGGAUGGGAAGGCUGACCUCAUUCUGCCCUGCGCGCACAGCUUCUGUCAGAAGUGUAUCGAUAAGUGGAGCGAUCGCAGCCGUAACUGCCCCAUCUGCCGCCUGCAGGUGACCGCGGCCAACGAGUCAUGGGUGAUGUCCGACGCCCCCACAGAAGAUGACAUGGCAAGUUAUAUUCUCAAUCUCGCCGAUGAAGCGGGCCACCCACACAGACCAUGAACCUCACAAAGGCCACAAAGUAUUUACCAUUUCAAAUGAGUGCACUCUCCCUGCAGCAAGUGUCUGUUGUGUUUUUGUGACUAAAUGUUAUCAAUGGAGUUAUUUUUAAGGAGCAAAACCACUUUUUUCCCUGAUGAAAUCAUUUGGCCUGCAUAAGGAAGUGUCACGACUGUGAAGGAAAUCACACUAUAGUUGGUGUAUAUCCUAAUAUUUAAUGAAAGUGUCAUUUUGAUUUGAACUUUUUUCUUUGAAAUGUCAUGUAUAUGAAGUGUCACAUAGGCUAUAUCAAAACUGUAACAAGCAGCUUUGCAGGUUACGGAAUUGAACAACUUAAUCCAACCCAACUUUCAUUUAUAACAAGUGACCAAAUUGCUGAAGUUGCUCUGAAGAGGUUUGCUUGAUAACCUUCCCUGGCUGUAAGUUGUAACUGUGAUGCCGUGCUCCUAGAAGCAAUAGCACUACUGGAAGACUCCUUAUUUGGAGUACUUAUUUAUAAUUAUUCUACUGUAUUAUGUAGCCUACUCAGUGUCUUUCCUUUUAUCUAAUGACUUUGCAGUGCAUUGACUAUAACUAUAUUUCAGAUAGCCAAUGGACAGUUUAUUUCAUUCAUGAGCUGAACUUUUGCUUUUCGUCUUUUGUUCAGAAAAAGAAUAUGCAUCAGACUUAAGAUACAAUUAUUUUGAAAUGGAUAAGUGAACAUUUCCACCAAACAGUAACCCUGUUCAUGUGCUCUUGGAUACAGGUGGAACUUCCUCUGUGGUGCUGGUUUGUUAAAUCAGGUUUGGUUUGUUUGUGCAUUGUUCUGGGGACCGAAACCUGAGCUGAUUAAAUGGGUCUUGCAAAUGCCACAGGUGCACAGAAGCUUUAUUUGUUUUUAUUUGAUUUUAAGAAUGUCAUUCUGUAGGCUUAUAGUUGUAAAUACCCAACCCUCACUGGAGAAAUGGGCCAUGUAUCCAAGUCCAUUGAAAUCAAGUUGAUGCAGUAAUGCUGAUUCGUCUGAAGGAAUGCUGCACUCAUGUAAUACUUGGUUUCACAGAGGGUUUCUGCAUUAAUGGGUCAGUCUGCUUUUCCACACGUUAAUUUGAGAAUUUGUGUGUUCUGUCAUUUAUUCAAGACUCACUUGAUUAAACUUUGUGAAUUUAAGUAGUUAUUGCCAAGCAUUUAAAAAUUAUUCUUGGCACAGUUAAAAUUAACUUGGUUGCAUGUGAUUCUCAUAUUAUUCAAAUUAAUCUAAUUAGUUUUUUUUGCGUGUGAAACUGUGUGCUGUGUGUUCUAAAUAGGUAUUAGUUUGGAAAAGUUUGAAUACCUAUAUAAAAUGGCUUCACAUCAAGUUAAUUUAAAUGGAUAACAUCUACUGGAUGUGGACAAACACGGAACGUGGCCCCCUUGAAAUGAACAUACAUAUUGAAGUAAUAUUUUCUCAUCUAAUAGAAUGGGCCUUUAGUAAUGAUUGUAUUUUUUUGUGAGAAUUUGUUAAAUAAUGAGUUCACCCAAAGCUAACUCGCUUACAAAUGUAAUUUUCAUCUUGAUAUUUUUAUGUGAAUUUCUGUUUGUAUAUGGGUUUAGCAAACAAAUUUGAUAUCCCAAUAUAUUCCUGUACAUAGUGCAGCCAUGUGUAUGCAAUAUUUUUCUUCUGAAUAGAAAUUUUACCAUUUUUUAAAGAAAAGUAAUCGACACCCUGAAGAUAAUUAUGUGCACUAUAAUGGCAAGUUGGUUGAAUAUCUGUGUGACUGCAGCCUCAUAAAAGGAAAGACCGUUGAUGAUUUGUUUUUCAAGCAGUGAAUGUAUAUGGCCACCAGGGGGCGCAGUUGAAUUUGUCAUCUAUCUGAGAGUGGACUGGUAGCAUGCAUCAUUGAGAUUGGGAUUAAAAAACAAUAAAGAUAAAUUCUAAA